AUGUCCCUCCGCUCAUUGCUCGGCCGCCUCUUUGCGCUCCUUCUCCCCCUCAGCGCCGCAGCCACCAUUUACCUAUAUCUAUACCCAGUCUUCAAUGGCUGUGCAUUCCCUCUGCCUUCCUCCCAAUCGGGAGCAGAAGCUACGACAACUCUAGAGAAACUCGAGCAGAGCCCUCUGGCCAAUACAUUCCUCCAACACCUCCGUACUUCGGAUCCCGCAAACACUCAACCCGCCAUCUUCAGACUCCUCGUCCUCGCAGACCCCCAGUUAGAAGGCGAUACCUCCCUCCCAUUCCCAGAAUAUGAACUUAUUCCACGCAUACGCGCGCACUGGGCCACUGUCCAGGAAUCACUCAAUGCCUCGUCAACACCGGGACCUCUCUCCCUCCUAAACUCGAACACCCUCUCAAGCAUCGGAGCCGGUCUCUGGUGCCUCGCAACAGAAGAUAUCCCUCGCUCUCUUCGCGCAACUCAAAAGCGGGUAGACCUCCUCGGAAACGACUACUAUCUCGCGCAUAUCUACCGGACACUUUUCUGGUGGACUCGUCCCACCCAUACAACCGUGCUCGGUGACCUCCUAGGAAGCCAAUGGAUCCCAGACGAUGAAUUCACCGAUCGAAGUCAUCGCUACUGGGAGCGUGUAUUCCGCGGUGGACUUCGCAUCGACGAUAACAUUACCUGGACAGGUGCAAUCGCCAACCACACAGCCGAUCAAGUCAAGUCAGAUUCACAUCUAGAGCCUCUGGGCCCGGGAUCUAAUCCUGAAUGGGCACGACGAAUCAUCAAUGUAGCUGGGAACCACGAUAUCGGGUACGCUGGAGACGUGAGCGAGGCGCGAACGGCGCGUUUUGAGCAGGAAUUCGGACGUGCGAACUGGGAUAUUCGGUUCCAACACCCGCCUAUUCCACGUGGGGAGAAUGAUGUGGAGGAUGUGAACUUUUCGUCCGAGUCUGUGAUAACGCCCACAUUACAUGUUAUCAAUCUCAAUACUCUUGUUUUCGAUACGCCGGCCCUUUCAUCGGAGGUUCAGUCGCAAAGUUAUACAUACCUCAAUGAUCUGAUUAGCGAGCGAUCGUAUCCCGUUGAGGAUAAAUCGACGUUCACAUUACUACUUACACAUUUGCCUCUUCAUAAAGAGGCCGGAAUUUGUACCGAUGGACCUUACUUUACGUUCCAUGAAGAGGAUGAUGAAGAGGGUCUAGAUGGGGUUCCGCGUUUCCUAAAUGGUGGAUUACGGGAACAGAAUCAUCUCAGUGAUUACGUUAGUGAUACAGGGAUUUUGUCCGGGAUUUUCGGUAUGAGUGGACAGGAGAACGCGCCUGUUGGUGGGCAUGGGCGAAAGGGAUUGAUCCUCACGGGACAUGACCAUACAGGUUGUGAUACUGUGCAUUAUGUUGAGAGAGUGAUUGCCAAUACCGAGAAUGAAAGCGAAGACGAAGCUGUGGAACCUGCUCAGAACUGGAAAUGGGUUGCGAGACGGUACCAGAAGCAGUAUGAGACAGAAUCAGCGUCGGAAACUCCAUCAAUUCGUGAGGUUACCCUACGUUCGAUGAUGGGUGAGUUUGGUGGAAAUGCCGGACUCCUUUCCGUCUGGUUUGAUACGGAUAUGGGAGAAUGGGAUUAUGAGAUUACCUUGUGUCCUGCUGGUGUGCAGCAUAUUUGGUGGGCGGUGCAUGUCACUAUAUUGGUGACUUUUAUUGUUGGAUUGCUUUGGUUCCUUGCUGGUUUUAUUGGAGCUAAGCAGUCUGUAAAGGAGGACACUGUACCUAUAAGAUUGAAUGGUACUGGGGAGAAACCUAGCAAGAGUCAGCGCGAAGACGAGGCUGCGGCAGGAAAGAGGCGAGUUGAGCAUCGGAAGAUAUGA